AGUUGCCCAUCUCCUCUCUCUUCACUCUUCUACGACUUCUUCUCGCGAACUCUGCAAAAAUUCUAACCAAAGCUCAGAGCUCAUCAGGCUCUGUUCUUUCACUUCUUAGGGUUCUCUCCAUUCUUUCUUGCAGUUUGUUAGUUUUUCGUUCGAACUUUUGAGCAGAAGCAAGAAGACUCUGAGGGAUCAGAUCCAGAGAACAAAGUCUUUUUCCGAUUUCAGGUGAAAUCUAGAGUUCUACCAAUGGCGGACAGAAUUCACCCGAGAAACUCAGCCACCGAUGAGGAGAACCCUACCCCACACCCACACGGACCACCAUCUUUACCAGAAACCCCUGGGAGCGCCGCUAGUCGUCCAAUGCUCGAGAAACCCCCACCACCACCAGAGGGUACCUACGUCGUUCAGCUUCCUAAAGAUCAAGUAUACAGAGUCCCAUCACCUCGCGCCGCCGCUCGCUACGAAAACUACAAUCUACGCAAACAUCGUCGCUGCGGUGGUUGCUGUUGCCGCUUCUUCUGCUGUCUCUUCGGCUUCAUCGUCGUCCUUGCCAUCCUCAUCGGCAUUGCCGCCCUUGUCUUCUGGUUAGUCGUCAAGCCGAAAACACCGAGCUAUUCAGUCACUAAUAUCUCCAUCAAAGGCUUCAAUACGACUCAACUAACGACUUCCCAAACUCUCUCCCCUGAAUUCGACGUCACAGUCUCAGCUGAUAACCCUAACACAAAGAUCGGAAUCUAUUAUGAACCAAAAAGCUCUGUGAAGAUUUAUCACUCUAAUUUGGAGCUCAGCAAUGGAUCCCUUCCAGUAUUUUACCAGCCAACACAGAACAUUACUACUUUUGUUGUCACAAUGACAGGGUCUGUGCCAUUAACGACGACUCUGAGUUCUACUUUGGUUGCAGAACAAAGUGCAGGGAAGAUUCCUUUGGUGUUGGACAUUAGUGUUCCUGCAAAAUUGAAGAUUGGGGCUGUGAAGACUUGGGUAUUCACAGUUAAGGUGAACUGCGAUAUUGUGGUGAAUAGUCUAACAACAAAUUCGAACAUUGUAUCGAAAAGCUGUGGUGUUAAUCUGAAUAUAUGGUAGGGGAUAGGGAGUUGAUUACAUUCAGAUCAUACUAUAUACUCUUCAUUUUUUUUUUUUGGAUCUCACCUUUAUAUUUUGUGAAUUAUUUGUGUUAUAUACAUAUACUGAUUAAGAUUUUAUAGACUUACAUGUACCGAUUCGAUGAUGAUAUGAUAUGAUGAGUAGCAGUUGGAUCA